ACAGAAAACACGUGGUUAGAUGACUGUACUGACUGCAGUUGUGAUCACGUGACUAGUCAUCAGUAUUAUCACAUGACUUGUUCGUGUAAACAUGGCGUCCAAGCUCUGCAAGAUGUCUGUUUACGGAGGGUUUGCAGCCGUUUUUAAGGUUUUAGUAGUUUUAGGAAUUUUGUACAUUAAGUGUGAGUUUGCCGGAGCUGAAAUACGAUCAGCUGUGAUUGAUAAACAAAGCGGGCAGUUGUCUGUCUUAGAGGAAUACCGAGAAGAUUUUGUAGCUUGGGCGAAUUUCACUGAUGACAUUAAAACAUCGGGCUGGUCUUUCUUGGAGAUCACUACCAGCAGUCAGUACAAUGACAGCAUCCAGGCUUAUGCUGCCGGUGUAGUGGAGGCUGCAGUCACAUCCCAGCUCAUCUAUAAGCACUGGAUGAACACUCUGAUUGGUUACUGUGGACCCUUUACGAGUGACACUGGUUACUGUAAACGCCUCCAGGCUUUCAUCACAACCAAUCUGCAGUGGGUUCAAGAGCAAAUCAAGGAGCAGCCAAGUUCACCCUACUGGUACCAGGUGCAACUGGCGCUGCUGCAGCUGAAGGGUCUGGAGGACAGCUACAACGAUGCGCUGUCAUUUCCAACAGGGCCGUUCUCCCUCAACCCAUUUGGCUUCCUACUCUUCCAGCUGGGCGGGGAUCUGGAGGACUUGGAAUCGGCUCUGAACAAGUCUAGCCAAACUCGACCCCUUGGGUCCGGCUCUUGCUCUGCUCUCAUUAAGCUGCUGCCAAACAAUAAGGAACUGCUGGUAUCACAUGACACCUGGAACAACUACCAGUCCAUGCUGCGCAUCAUGAAGAAAUACAUCUUUGCCUUCAAAGUUUCUCCUUUAGACAAUCUUCUUCUUCCUGGAGGAACUCAGGCAUUCUCAUCUUACCCUGGAUCCAUCUUCUCUGGAGAUGACUUUUAUAUCCUGAGCAGUGGCUUGGUUACCCUGGAAACCACCAUUGGCAACAGCAACCCUGAUCUGUGGCAGUUUGUUCAGCCCUCGGGACAGGUCAUGGAGUGGCUGAGGAACAUCGUGGCAAAUCGACUGGCUACUACGGGCAAGCAGUGGGCAGAGAUAUUCAGAAAGUACAACAGCGGAACGUACAACAACCAGUGGAUGAUUGUGGACUAUAACCACUUCACUCCAGGGAAGACUGACAUUAAUGAGGGUCUCUUUGUCGUGCUGGAGCAGAUUCCGGGAAUAGUUGUUUACAGUGAUAAAACUCAGGAACUGCUGAAGAAAGGGUACUGGGCAAGUUACAACAUACCAUACUAUGAGGAAAUAUUCAACGCCAGUGGCUGCAAUAAGCUGGUGGAGGAGUAUGGCCCGUGGUUCUCUCUGGACCAGAGUCCUCGGGCUCAGAUAUUCAGGAGAGACCAGACAUCUGUCACAGAUGUGGCUUCAAUGGUGCGCCUCAUGAGAUAUAAUAACUUCAAGGAAGACCCAUUGUCACGGUGCGAAGGCUGUGAUCCACCUGCGAAUGGAGAGAAUGCUAUCUCGGCCCGCUCGGACUUGAACCCAGCUAAUGGCACAUACCCAUUUGGUGCCUUAAGACAGAGAUCACAUGGAGGAACCGACAUGAAGAUGACCUCCUACGAGAUGUUCCGUCAGUACGGUAUGGUGGCAGUGAGCGGGCCAACAUGGGACCAGGUGCCACCCUUCCAGUGGAGCACUUCCCCUUACAAAGACCUGAUUCACAUGGGUCAUCCUGAUACUUGGGCAUUCAAGCCUAUAAAAGUCACCUGGACUCCUUAAUUGCUAUCAUGCUGUAAAUGUAAAUACUGCCAGCUGCUGUUGGAAGAUUUAACAAAGGGAAAUGGUACUAUAAAUCAGUGUGGCAUGACAAUUAAGAACACAAAUGUGAUGUUAUUGAUUCUCAGAAGACAAGCGAUGAUAUUCUGGCAGUAUUACAGUAUUGCACUAUUUGCUUGCUAAAAGCACAGAAGAUUAAAGCGAGCUUUGAAUGUAAGGCAAUAUUACCAAGAACAACUUAACAACCUUCCUGUUGUAAAAUGAGAGUUUCUAUGUCAGAUUUAUAUCUGAUGUUCUUUUGUUUUUAAGAUUUUAAUUUCUUAUUUUAAUUAUUAAAAUGUAAAUUCCA